CAAAAAUAAAUUUUUCAGAUUUGAAAAUAUAACUAUCAAAAGUAGAUGAAGGGAGUAUUAAUCAAACGUUAAUGGCUUUCUUAUUUUAUGUGUCGUAACUUUAUCUUCAUCUUCAUUAGAAAACAACACCAUCUAACUUCACCUAAAUAACACACUGUACAUCGACAUGGACCUUGGCUCUCCCCUCUCACUAUAAUAGUGGAGUCGUAUUAUAAUUCAAACCCUAUUAUAAAUUGGAAAUUUCUUCCAGACAUUAAACCCACUAAUUAUUGACCUUUAGCACACUAAUAGUACUCUAUUUGUUUUUAUGCUUUUUUUUCUAAUCUUCUUACUAUUUAACCACACCCUAUCUACAGACUGCUGUCUGCUGAGAUCUCUCGACUCCUGGAAGCGAAGCAGAAAUUAUCAUGAUGCUUAACGCAGCAGCCAAAAAACUUGUCAGGGGGAAGAGCAUAGCUGCUCACGUAUUCUUCUCCUCGUCGUCAAGAUCCAGAAAGUUGGAUGGCAAAGUGGCCGUGAUAACCGGCGCAGCGAGCGGCAUCGGCGAGGCCACGGCGAAGGAGUUCGUCAGGAAUGGCGCCAAGGUUAUCAUUGCCGAUAUCAAGGAUGAUCUCGGCCGCGCCGUGGCCGGCGAGCUCGGCGCCGACGCCGCGUCGUACACGCACUGCGACGUCACCGUCGAGAAGGAUGUCGCCUCGGCCGUCGACCUCGCCGUGGCGCGACACGGCCGCCUCGACGUCGUGUACAGCAACGCCGCCAUCGCGGGUGGCGCGCCUCCGGCCACGCUCGCGGCGCUCGACCUCGACGAGUACGACCGCGUCAUGGCCGUCAACGCCAGGUCCAUGUUGGCGUGCGUCAAGCACGCGGCGCGCGUCAUGGCGCCCCGCCGCGCCGGUUGCAUCCUCUGCACGGCCAGCACGGCGGCGGUGCUCGGCGGCAUGGCGGCGCCGGCGUACUCCAUGUCGAAGGCGGCCGUCGUCGGCAUGGUGCGGACGGUGGCGAGGCAGCUGGCGCGCGACGGCGUGCGGGUGAACGCCAUCUCGCCGCACGCAGUCCCGACGCCGAUGGCGAUAGGUCUCUUCUCCGAGACGUUCCCGGCGGCGACCGCGGAGGAGGUGAGGAGGAUGGUGACGAGGGAGAUGCAGGAGCUGGAAGGGGCGUCGCUGGAGGUGGAAGACGUGGCGAGGGCGGCCGUCUUCUUGGCGUCCGACGAGGCCAAGUUCAUCACCGGCCACAACCUCGUCGUCGACGGCGGGUUCACGGCAGGCAAGGUGCUCGUCCGGGAUCCUCCGGGCUCUGCUUGAGUUGGUGUCAAGUCUGGCCAAAUUUGGAGGUUGUUGUCUCGUCAUUUCAAAUCUGUCGUUCUUUCUCAGUAAACUCAAUGGACUAUUCCGUUUGCAUAAGUAUUUCAAAUAUCGAAUCACUGUAUUAUUGUGAUUGUGUUUAUCUCUCCGAAAUUCGCCCGUGGUUUCUGGUGGCUAGUUGAACAGCAAAUUCAAAGUAAGCAUGCAUAUAUCUUGAGUUGCCGACCUGCCUUGGAAUUGAAUGGAGGUCUGGUUGAUGACUUACAUGCAUAUCCCCUCCGUCUAAAAAAAAAGUUCAAUCCUAUGUCCAGAUAUGUAGUUAGAGUUUGCCUUUUUUUUUGGACAGAGUAGUAUUCAGCAUCCAAAGGAUGGAUAAAAUGGAUACGUCGAGUACAUCAAAUCAACAAAUGAUGCUUCAC